UGUAUGCGAAUAUGGGUGCAUGGUUGUUGAUGAUUUAGUCUGUAUACUAGCUAUAUGUAAAGCGCUCGAUCUGAGCAAAUCAUUGGAAACGCGCUAUAUAAAUCCUUAUUAUUAUUUAUUCUUUUGUUUUACUUAGUUAAUUUUAACGCCUUUUUGUAGAGCUGGUUUUACUGCGACUGCUUGAUUUAUGGACAUCAGAAUAAGAGAAUAUAUAAAGUAGCUUCUGCGGGAAAACGGGAGGGCACUCUAAAUUAUACACUCCCCCGCCCCCCUAAAAAAAAAAAAAAAUUUAGUAGAGGAAGGGCAGAUAACUCUGGUGAAAAUAUCUUCCGAAAUUGGAGUAAACACGUCUCUACGUCGACACGGUAAACAAAACUGCUUCGCGUUAUGAGCAUAAUGACGAUAUAUGACGGCUGCUGAGGCUCUGGCAAGAGAUAACAACAUGGUCUGUCGGCGGCGCUGCCUUCGUCUACGUUCUCGUAGCUCUUUUGCAUUGAUGGUGAUUGGAAUUGUUUUCGUAGGAGCAGUUUUGAUAUACCAUUCUUUGAACAGCAGUGGACUUUCAUCACAUGAUAACUCAUUAUCAUCUAGGGAGAGAAAAAAGCUACUGCGAUACCAGCCUGCACACCCCAAGGACUCAUUCCAUACAAUCAAAAGAAAAUUUAAACCUGGUGUUCCAAGAGUACUUCCAACAGGUGGUACUGCACAAAAUCUAGGCAUAAAAGACAUUCAAGAUAUUUUAUCAUUAUUAUACCCUUCAGAUUGGAAAAUUACAUUAGAGCCUGACGAAGCGGCAAUCAUUUUAAAAGAUAAACUUUUAGAUUUGAAUUUACAGAGUCCUCUUUCAUGUCGCGACAUUGAUGAUCAUCAGAUUAUUGGAAACAUUGGUUCUAGCAACAAGAAGUUUGUUGAGCAGCUACAGAAGACAGAAGUGUUUGGUGGCUUCAAUGGCUACAACCAAAACAACCACAGAAAUGAGGAGAAGCGAAUGGUUUUAAAAAGCCAGGGAAAAGACAUGCAAACCAAAAUUACUUGCAUGAAGACAGUGUACAAUGCAGAUUUUUGUGGUCCCAUGGGUAAUUACAUCCUCAUGAGAGAAAUCUUCUUGUUCAGCUUUCUUAGACAUCCAGGUCUUGUCAACAUCCUUGGUUACUGUCUUCGUGGUGAUCAUAUUUCAAUGGAUAUUCGUAAGAAAGGUCUGAUGUUAGUGAUGGAACCUGGAGUCCCUCUAACAUCUGGAAUGGUGACAUCUUUGCCUUGGGCUCAUAGGGUUCAGAUUGCACUGAAUGUGUCCUUGCUGAUGGAUUUCUUUAAUUCAUCACCUCUGGGCAGUUUGGGUUUGCCUCAGCUGCAGAUGAAAGACUUUGUUUUGGUUGACAAGUACUGGGUGAAACUUGCAGACCUCGGUGAUGUAAGCAUGGAGGAAAAAUCUUGCUCGUGGAGAUCUGAUUGCCUUUUACAAGGUUCUGAUAUUGGUGUUGAUUGUACCCAUAAUCAGUGCAAAGGCCUGAACAUGAGGACAAACAUGAAGAUUGUAGGAGCCAAUGUUCUUGAACCUCUGCUACGAGACUGUCCUUCUGAGGAAAAUGGUCAAAUGGUUGAAAUGUUAGGUCGAAUAACUCGACUAGAUGUCAGUUUUCGGGAACUGGUUCUCUUCUUGCAGAAUCUGGCAAAGAAAUAUGAGUCAGAUGACACUGAAGAGGGGGAAGAUGGAGAUGAAAAUAUUCAAGACAGAAUUAUAAACCAUCUUAAUCAGAAAUGGAGCAGGGAUAACACGAAUCACAUUCAAGAUAAAAGUGAUAAUAUCAUUCACAAAGAGAGCAAUAUUCAAAAUGUUGACAAAGAUGAGGGAACAUUGCAAAAUCCUCAGCCUAAGAAGUACGGCCGUUUGAAUUCAUCAAAUUUCCCAGGAAUAUAUGACUACGCUUGUCCUGACUCCCGUGUGACAUGGGGCUGUGUCAUGACUAAAGACUCUUUGUUUGAUGCAAUGAACUACUGCACUGCUGACCCUGUUUGCAAAGCUUUCGUUGUCUUCUCAUCACAUCCUGAACUAGACAACAAAUUGACAGUUGUUUUCAAGAACCAGACCUCUGGCAAUUCACGCACAAACCUUGGUACAACUAUCUUUUACAAGAAAACAACUACCGUAGUUGAGCAAGACUUUAUAAUCUCCAGAGACAAGCUCGAGAAAGUCAACAAAGAUUUAACUGAAAGGACAGGUAAAGGAGAAAAGGUGCUUCUAAGUGGACCAGGAAAGACAAAAGACAGCAGAGAGUGUAUGGAACAUAAUUUGGCCAUUCAGCAGGAUGCCCUUAGCACAAGGGAAAAGCGUCUGAUGGCCCACAUGGGUCUGAAAGGGGUGCUUGAGAAGGAAUGGCGAUAUGCAGUACAGAUUCAAAGAGUGGAAAACUUCAGCAGUCUUCGUGCACUAGGUAGCUCAGGAUCAAAGGGUGGAACAAUGAUCAUCAAUUUUAACACAACUAAUCCUGGGCUGACAAUUUCAAAAGCCAAGUUCAUAGCAGAAGAUGGACCUAAGCAGAGUCACAUAGCCUUUUCCCUGCUGUACCACAUGGACAGAUUGUUGGGGCUUUAUCAUACUCCACCUGCAGUGGAAAGUCACAUCACACCUCAGCAAGUUCAAAUGUUUAUGAAGAAUUCCACAUGGAAAUCCAUGUUUGGUUCCAUGGUUGACACUGAUGGCUUCUUGAGAGGACUAUUUGUAGCACCAACCCCUAAAGUGGUGAAGAAGUCAGUGAUAUCACUGUUGCCAUCAUCUGAUAUUGUGACUUCAGUGAUGCCUUUUGACAGAACACAGAAGAUGCAGCUGGAAUAUAUUUUACUUUGGUGGCUUGGAUAUAUGCCUAAACCUGCGGAUCUCCAUAGGGGUUUUAAAGGUCAUCUAAUACACGUGGAUGCAGACCAAGCAUUUCACAACACUGCAGUGAAUGUAAGCAGUUACUUCAACCACUGCCAGUUUCCAAAUGUUGUCUUCAAAAUACUUUCUUGUUUCCGUUGUCAUGGUGGUCAGCCUAGCAGAAUUUGCUCUUUGGGACAAGAGGUUGCACGAAGAGUUGAGCUGUCAGGAUUUAACCUCACCAGUUCCCAUUAUCUGUUGGAAAAUAAUUACAUUGGUGUCAUCAAUCGUGCAGCAUCUUCUGUAAUAGAGAUAGUUGAUGUAUGCAUUCAUAAAUUUGGCCGAGAAGUUGUUCUGUAUUGAGACACAGCAUACAAAAUGCAGACGACCAAUAAAUUCCAGAGGCCCCUCUUUUUGCUAUCAUCUGCUUCAGAAAUAAAGAUCUUUGGCCAAUAUUCUUGCUCUGAAAUGUAUCACUUGAAGGGAGUAUUCACUCUGUUUCACAAUUCCAUUACAGUUUUAAAUGUACUGGCAGAUAGCAGUGCAUAAUUUUAGCAAUAUUUCAGCAAGUUGUGAGGGAUGGGUUUACUAUGGGACCACAUUUUCAAUGUUUACUAUGUGGCACAUGAGGUAUUUGCGCUCACUUGUUUAUUAUUUUUUCCGAGUCAUGGAAUCUCAAGGUAAUCAUGAAUAAGAUUAUUGGUUGUCUGCUGUAAAAGACUAUUCAGAUGGGCAGCCUUGCAUCACAUUCUUGACAUUCUUUUAGGUGUUCUUGUGGAUUGCAUUUAACAGCUGUGUGUGCAUCUGUUGUGCUGAAUCUGAAUGGUUUAUUUUAACUUUUUGUUACGAAAGAUCUGUUAAUGCUUUUAAUUUGAACUAAACUUUUAUGGUGAACUCAGUAAGAGAAGAUUUUUCGCUGUAACUCAUGUUACAGUUUUAACUAUGUGGAAUUAAGGGCAAAAAAUACUGAAAUAAAUUAGUAUCUAAACCCAGCUGUUAGUGUAGGUAGGAGUAUGAAGGUUUUUUUGGGAAAAAAUGAAGUGCCUAACAUAACAUAUUCAAGAUAUUCACAAAUGCUGGAGGCUGUUUAUAUUUUUGUUAACUAUUUAUUUCAUUGUAUGAGUGAAUGAAAAGAACUGUUUUCAUUAUCGAGUGGUGAAUAUUGAAUUAUUUUAAUUCCUUUGGAUACCCUAUACCCUGUAGUAUGUGAUGAAAUGUCUACAAGUUUGCAAUAUUUGUUCCAUUCACCAACUACUGCUAGUGGAAGCUUUGAAAGAUUGUCUCCUGUUUCUUUUUUAUUAUUAUUUUAACUCUCCAAGUAAGGUUAAAAGAUACUUAGUUUUAUUUGCAGAAGUUUUUUGAUAAAGCAUCUAGCCAUGUUACACGCUGACUGGUGAGGACAGAAAAAAACCAAACUGUUUUUCCUACAGGGUGUCGGUCAGUAUAAUAAAUAGCGGAAAAGUGGGGAUUAUUUUGCUUCAGUUCAGAAAAAAAAUCUGUUGAGUUUGAAUAUAAAAGGCUUGUCAGGAAACUUGGGCUUAUCAAGGCAGUGUACUUCAUGGUCUUCUGGUAUUUAACAUACAGCAUGAAGAGUCUGGCACAGUUUAAAAAUCUUUCAGCUUGAUUUAAUGUGUUUUUUUCUCAAAAAUGACCUAGCUGUUGCUUUAUACCUCACGUGUAAAUGUACACAUCUAUGUACCUCACGUGUAAAUGUACACAUCUAUGUACCUCACGUGUAAAUGUACACAUCUAUGUACCUCACGUGUAAAUGUACACAUCUAUGCCUUUGCAUGUGUAUGAGAGAGAAAGUGUGUGUGUAGUGCAUUUUGAGGGAUUUGUGUGUAGAAGUUAUCUCAGAUAGUUGGCACUAGUGUUGAUAUGCUGCUCUCAUUAGCCGUUGAUCAAGUGGUUUGUUUACAAUAUUAGCCUUGCUAAUAGUAAUGUAUACAUAAUAUAUAUAUAUGUGUGUAUAAUGUAUACAUUAAGUACUUAACAUUGCUAUUGUUGUUGAUAACUUUUUUAAUCAAAUUUUUUCAAUAUAAUUACACCAUAUAAAAAAAAUAUAAUCCUAGUUUAUGAGGAUCAUUAACACAUUUAUUUGCUUACCUCAUUUUCAAUAUCUACAGUCAAUAAAUAUUAAGUGCUGUAAAUUACAUUGAUAAAUCAAAAUAUUGGCCUUAUAUGCUGUUUGUAUGUAAUUAAAUAUUUGAAUAUUCAGUGCCGUUAGCUUCACUGCUAUUGGCCUUUUCUGCCACAUAUCAGAAUGUGCAUUUCAUUUUAGCAUCCACUUCACUGUACAUUUGCUGUAAUAUUUCUUUCAUUUAGCUACUUCUUUGAUUUAUAAUUUAGGAUGAACAAAAGAGUUGAAGAUUGUUGCUCAUUUUGGGCUCUUAAUUGCAUUCCCAACAACUAGCUAACAGGGUGGUGGAAGGAAGUCUGCUAUUGCUGAUCCAAAGCUGAUGUUGGUGCUAUAUAUUUGGUCACAAGCCUUUUCCUAAAACUGUCCAUCUCAAUGUCACUUUUUCUUCAUCUGUUACUCACAAGACAUGAAAUAAGAUCACCACCUUGGAAAGGUUUCAUUUGCUAAAAACAUAACAAAGAAUUAGCAAAAGAACAAAUCUAGAGUUAAUAUAUGUUUCUGAAAGGGUAGAGUAAAAGCUGGCAAGAAAAAUUUAAUUUUGUGGUUGAUUGAAUAGUUUCAUUGAUUGAUUGAAUGUUAAAACAGUUAUUGCACAUUGUGUUCUAAAAAUGUUUUACAGGACAGAAUUGUGUCACAGUCAAAAUAAACUCUUGAUCUGAACAAAUGUGCGUAAAAUAAGAAAUUUUUUUUUUCCUGGAUAGUAAAUGCUUAUUGCAUUGAUUCAAAUUUUUAUGGAAUUCGCUGGCAAAACAUCCAAAAUUUAAAAAAAAAUUUAGUCUGAGCAACCUUGCAUUUCAUAUUUUCUUUGGUUAGACUUAGAGCAUAACAUUUGUACUUAAGAAAAAGAAUUUUUUUUAAGGGGCAAGAGUGAAAGCAUGGCAUUUGUGAUUGUACUUAAGAUUCUGUGAUUAGAGCAUUUGUACUUAAAAGUUUUGGGUUACUUUAAAUGCAUGUUUCUGUUCCAGCUGUGAUUCUAUGCUUAGCAUUGGCACUGAAAGUUUAUUGUUACUGUCCCGCUUACCUUCAUAACUCUCCACUGUUUCAGUAUUACUCUAUGUGAAAGGCAUUGUCCUUUAUUCAGUAAUGUGUUCAUUGAUUCAUUUUUAUAUGUGAUGUUUAUGUUUAUUUGGUUUCUUAAAAAUAGGUAAAAAAUUCAAGGUCACGUUGACUUAGGGUCAGCAUAUAUUGUAAACACUUUUUGUUUGUGCUGUGCAUUUGGAUUUUCUCCCCUUUGUAUCUUAACAUUUUUAAGUUUUAGAGAAUACAUUUUAACUUUAGUGAAAGCAAAAUUAAUAAUUGUCUAUUCUAGACUGGUGAAAUGGUCAUAACUAUUUUUUCUUGUUACUUUAACUGUUUGGGCUAUUUUAUAUUUUGAUUAAUGGGAAGAUAAUGUGGCUGAUUUUGCCAAAUGAUGAAAUACUUUAAGUUUUAGUAUUUUUACAUUGGAGUGUUGUUUUCCUUUCUUUUAUAGCAACAGAAUGUAUGUGACAAAUAUACCAGACAUUAUAAAAUGUAAAUUUCUCAUAGCUUGUUAGCCAUAAGGGUAUGAAGUGCAAGUGGUUCAUCCUAUAUAGGGCAUGGAAUGUAGCAGGCAGCGCUUAGCUCCCUCCUUCUAUCAUCUUUUACGAUUUUGAAAUAUCAGGUACCCAUUCAGGUGGAAAGAUCAGCAUCUAUGAUCUGUUCCUGAUUGGCAAGAGGAUCACAAGCUGGAGCUGGGUGUCAUUUUUUAUGUUAAAGCUGUUGCCGCCCCUUAGAAUAACCCAAAAUUCUCACAUUUGGGUUUGAUGAAAAAUGAAAGUAGUGUAACAUUAGUCUUCUUUUAGGCAUAUGUUUGAUUGAGUGUGUGCUUUUUUAAAUUUUUAUUUUUUGUUCUGUUGUUUGCAAAUAUAUCAUCAUAUUUUUCAUGCUUCAUGCAAGAACAAAUCUUGAUGCAUCCAUUAUGUCUAGUCAUAAGCUAUACCCUUCCACCACCUCAAAUGAAAGGUAAAAGUCACAUAGUGGCGAAAGAAGAGAUAAACUGCCAAGGGGUUCAUCAUGAUUAGUGUGUGGUUGAAGAAGAUGAAGUCUAACCUCUCUUUCUGCUGACUUCAUCAUUCCUGGUAAAUCAAGUAGUCCAUAGCUACUGGUGGACAAAAGGAGUUUACAAAUCGGCCAAAGUGAGCUUUGAUUAGCUCAUGGCCUUCUGCUUUGAAGUCCAGUAUAUGUACCACUAAACAACAAAGGCUUGCCUCAAUGUAAAUUUACUUUGUAAAAGUAGUAGUGUAGAUGCUUCAGAAGCCAAAGUAUCUAAACUUUAGUAAUCAACAUUACAAGGAAAUGUACCCCCUCUAAAAAGACAUAAGCAGGAUAAAAAAAAAAAAGUGUAAUUAGACAUAGGUUUUGAAAAAGCUUAAAUUAAGAAAUGAGAAGAAAGAAAUCAGAAGAAUAGUUUUGUAAGAGUUCAGCUUCGUGUAGCAUAAUUUUAAGGUACAUAGCCUAUUUCAGGUAAUUAUUGCAGCAGGAGUUAUAAAAACCACAAAAGGUGUGAAACUCCUUCCAUAUGUACCUCAAGUUUACAACUGUAUAAGGUAUAUAGUUCAUGCUAGAUGAAAGUAUGCUGAUAAGACAAAUAUAACAGGAUUUUGAACCAAUCUACAAAAUAAUGCAGAAAAGUUUUAGUUUUCUUGAGGAAAAUGCCAUGGAUUCGACUUCUACUUGCUAAGAAAAAUAUAUGCUCUUUAAGAAGCAGUUCAAGAGUCUUGUACAAAGAGGAAUAUUAUCUCCCUAUUCUCCAUCCUAUUUCAGUGAGCAAUCGGUACUUCUCAAACUUUGACUGCACAAAUAUAUUUUGUGCAAUACUUUCAGCUCACACAAUCAAGCCCAUCUUGCCAUACGAUAAAAGUUAUUAGGUUCUAAAUGACUUUUUGGGUAUUAUUAUGUUUGCAUCUGUUGCUGCAUUUGUGUUUUAGUUUUUCUGCAUUUUGAUUGCAGUAAUUAGCAUCUUUCUAAUAUAUCUGUUAUUUUAUUUUCUCCUUUUCCAGCAGUAUUUAUUGCAACAUACAAUUUCAUGAAAAUCCAUUCUUUUAUGCUGUAUGGUGCUCGUGUGCAAGGGACAUGGGUUUUAUUUUUGUUGUUAGUAAACCGGAUAAGAGUUAAGUUGGACACCUCCCCAACCUAACAGGUUAUGCUAAUGAACAAUUAGCAAAAUUGUGGGCUUAUAUGUCAGAAAUGUGUUUGCCUUAGCUACAAAAUGAUAUGAACUAGCAAAUGAAGAAUGGUGUCUUCAUGUAAAUGCACUUUACACAUCUCAAAGUUUCUUUUAAUCAUGUGAUUCAUACAUAAAUGGUGCAACGGUUAGAUCCUGUCACCAAUAUGGUAAGGAUUGGCUGUCAUGGGUACAUUUCUCAUCUUGGGCACGCUGUUCUAUCUCUGCAUGCUGCACCUGUUUACAGGGCUGGCUGCUUUGCCAUGAUGCAGACAUAGUUGCUGGCUCUGUGUAAAACACCUAUUCUCCCUCUCCCCUGCCCCUGCAUACAUACAAGAGAAACAUGCAGAUCUCAUGAGUUUUUCUUAGGAGUUUUAUCAACUGCACAAAGCUUCAGUGCCUGGUUACUUGUGUGUACUAGCUCACAUUUAAGAACAGAGAUAGAAAAAAGUGCCUGUGAUAGUGUGGCUUAUUGCAACCAGUUAUUCUUCUCUUAAAUAUUUCCCACAACCUUUGUUGUUGAUGCAUCCUAUUGUAAGGUUGUCAUCAACUUGGUUUGCUGUGUUGUUUCUUCAAAUAAUGAGAGGUUACUAAACAACUUUGGCAAUAAAAGGCUUUGAGUGAACAUUUGUCUAGAUACCAAUGAUUUGGAGUAAGCAAUUGUUUAGAUUGUCGUGUUGAUGGUAUCAAUAGUGUUCUCUUUGAUGAUAGGGACAGAUUAUUUAGAAAUCAUUGCUUGUGGGUGAGCAUUGUAUAAGAAAUUUUAUUUAUAUGGCUAUAUAAUCUACAUGCUGUUUUUUGUGUGUGGCACCUGUUUACAAAGUGGGACUAGCCUGCCAUGGUAUAACCAUAGUAUAUGUCAGCCUGCUCAGUCUUUUUAAGUGGUCUCCAAUACAGUCCACUUAAGUUGCCAGGUUAUUUCAGUUCAGUUUCUGGAAGCGUGAGUGUUGUACCGGCCAACAUUUUCAUGUCAUGCUUGCUUGCUAUGCAAUCAAAAAACUUUAUGCAUGAUCAUUUGUAAUAUAGAUUUUUUUUCUCUGCUGUUAGAUUGUAUAUACAGAGUAUCAAUACAUGCAUGUGCACAAGCACAUGAUGUAUGGGCACAUGCAAACCCACACUUUUGUAAGUGAUAAUAUACAGAAAAUUAAAGCUGUUGUAAGACGGCAUUGCCAUCUGAAAAUGAUCAGGCCUAUAUUUGGCCAAGCAAUACAUUCCAUACUCAGCAGUUUGCUAUUGACCUAAUUUUUUUUAAAAAUUAUAGCAGUACCAUACCCAAAGUAAAAAGUACAGUUAUAACUGUAAAAGAAAACAUCAUUACACUUUUGCCUUGUGGACUUGUAAAUUGUAAUUGUAAAAUUGUAUUCUUCAAAACAAAUUUAAGGUAAAUUUCAUUUUGUGCUGGGAAGUAAAGAUGGGUGCUAACUUGCGCUGAUAAAAGGCUGCCAUUAAGACAAACAUUUCAGAAUGUGGUAGACCAUGUAGAUGAGAUUGGCAAAACGAUGCCGUAACCUUCAUGGUGUCCAUUCGAAUACUGUCUGAUAUAAGGAUGCGUAUCAGUUUUGUGUCAGUGCUGACACAGCUUCUCAGGAACAGCCAUUUUUGGGCACUAUCACUUUUUUCAGGUGUGGGGUUAUUUUCAGGUGUUUUUUGGAUCUUAGUAGUUGUUUUCUUUGAGGGAAAAAAUAUUAAAGAGGUAAUUUGUAGAGGAAUCUUCAUUGUAGAAGAAAUGUAAGUUUUUUUCAUAUUUACAAGUACUUUAACUGUCAUAUACAUUUGUUAUUAUGUUUGUGUUAUGAAGUGUAAUUAGCAGUUUUAUUACUUUCCUGGUAAAGUUUCACAAUACAAAAUGAAGUAUGUGCUGGAAUUAGAAAUUAAAACUUUGACCAUCACCAGGGUAACAGUAUUUAAGGCUUGCAGGCAAAGUCUAGAUUAUUUACAGUGUUUUGAUCUUGUGCUAGGCAGGAAGACUUUGUAAAGAAAAAUUUAUUCAUUUUUUUUUUAAGACGCAAUGAUUACUAAGUAUUUUUCUCUCUCACACGCAUACACACCCACCUACACACCAGUUAAGGCCCUUUAGCCUUAUGAAUUUCUCAUAUCAAAGUGUAUCAUUUGGAUCAGGCUGAUAUGAUUUUUUUUCAGGAUUUUGCUAUUAUUAUCAAUAUUUUUUUGUGUGUAGCACACAAAAUGUUAGUAUGUUGUGAUUUUCUUCUCACUUUGUGCUCUCUUUACAAUGAUGUAAAACAAAGAACAUUAGAUUGCUUCAGGACAUAAUGACUUUGUAUAGGCUUGAGGAGCAUUACAGGCAGCACGGGAAAGAAAUAUUGUAUUGGUUUCUUUACAUAAAUGUAAAAUGAAUUAUUUUCAUUUGCCUGCCAUUGGAUAAAUUCCUGGACACAUUUUGUUGACACAUUGGUGAUAAAAAUUGUUGUUAAGAUGGUAAUAUACAUCAACUGGGGUAGGGGAGGGGGGCAAGAGUUACACAUGCUGUUUAACCCCUCACUUGACAAGAUUUUUUUACACCGAUUAUUCAAGUGGUGAGGUAGGGGAUAUAAUCUGUUGUUGAUAAUUUGAAUAUGAAGAUGCAUUGGUAUUAGAAACAUACAGAUCAAUCUACAUACAACUAUUUUGUUAGACUGUUGAAUGCCUGCCUUUUAACUCUUAGCAUGCUGAGUACAUCUCCUUGGUUUAAUUGGUAUUCUGGCAACUACUAAACUAUAUUUAUAUGUAUACAAAUUUAAUCACAAAAAUGCAUUCACAAACUGUAUUGAUUGUACUAUAGGAUCUUGUGUCUGUCACAUUUCUGAAAGAACAUUUUACACUGCAUCAGUGAAAUGAGAUGAACAGACUAUGAUUUUUUUAUUCCUCAGAAAGAUUUUAUGCCAUGAGUCGAGGCACUUUCUAUACACUUACUGUUGAAUUUGUCCAGAUGAAAAUUAAAUAUCACUAAUAAA